AUAUUUUCAUUCUAUAGGUUUUGUUUACAGCACUCGGGUGAAAAAAUGGCGCCCAAGGGAAAGAAAACCAAUAGCCCUACUAGCGACAGCGACGAGGACGAAACCUUCUAUUACCGGUAUCCCUCCGCCCCCUCUUCUGACCCGUCGCUGCCGUCGUCUUCACAGUCGCACUUCUCAUCGCAAUCGCACUUCUCAUCGCAAUCGCACUCACACUCACACUCUUCCACUAAGUCUGGCGGUGGUUCUGGAGGUUUGGUUCCUUCGAAGUCUACUCUCUAUGUUUCCAAUUUCGACUAUUCACUCACUAAUUCCGACCUCCACACUCUCUUCUUCAACUUUGGUAAGAUCGCUCGUGUUACGGUGUUGAAAGAUCGACAGACUCGCAAGUCUCGCGGCGUUGCCUUCGUCCAGUUUAUUUCUCAGGACGACGCGGUGAAGGCCGCGAAACAGAUGCACGGGAAGAUUUUGAAUGGCCGUGUUCUUAAGGCUGCUAUAGCGACUGAUAAUGGUCGUGCGGCUGAGUUUAUAAGGAAGAGGGUUUAUAAGGAUAAGAGUAGGUGCUACGAGUGCGGCGCAAUUGAUGGGCAUUUGUCUUAUGAAUGCCCUAAAAAUCAAUUGGGGCCAAGGGAGCGACCAGAACCGAAGCGGGUAAGAAGGGGUGGAGUUGGUGCUAGGCACGAGGAGGAUUGGGGAUCGGAUGUUGGAGAAGGGUUUGAGGAUGACAAUUGGGCCUCGGUGGUGGACGGAGAUGCAGACCAGAGACUCCUGACUGGCGGUGAGAACAUUGUAGAGAAGAAAAAAGAGAAGAAAGCAAGUUAUUUCAGUGACGAGAGCGACGAAGAUGAUUAACUGAGCCUGUCUCUUUGGGAAGAGUUUGUAAAAGGUG